AUGUUUUGGAAACUGUCCCUGUCCUUGUUCCUCGUGGCCAUGCAGUUGAAGGUCGCCGAAGCCCGGAAGGAUCGCCCAGUGGGUGCCAUCCCUUCACCUUACAAGGAAGGCAGCAGCAACAACUCAGAGAGAUGGCAACACAAGGUCAAAGAGGUGCUGGCCUCCAGCCAGGAGGCUCUGGUGGUCACGGAGAGGAAGUACCUCAAGAGUGACUGGUGCAAGACGCAGCCUCUGCGGCAGGUCAUAAGGGAAGAAGGCUGCCGCAGCCGCGCGGUACUCAACCGCUUCUGCUAUGGCCAAUGCAACUCCUUCUACAUCCCCCGGCAUGUGAGCAAGGAGGAAGUGUACUUCCAGUCCUGUGCCUUCUGUAAACCCCAGCGAGUCACCUCUGUCUUCGUGGAGCUCGAGUGCCCAGGCCUGGACCCUCCCUUCCGACUUAAAAAGAUCCAAAAAGUGAAGCAGUGUCGGUGCAUGUCCGUGAACCUGAGCCACUCCAACAAGCAGUGA